CUUCUUCUCUCACGCUUUCAUAUAAUAAUUACAUAAAACAUAGGUGGAUGUGUAAGCCUUGAUUGCCUUUUAAGCACACUCUACUACUCAUAUUUUUCUUCUCUUCCCUUUCCUUCCGAGUUCCGACUCUCUCUCUCUCUCGGUAUUCUCUUCCUCUAUCUAUCACAUACUCAGAGAGCAUGCCUGAAUGUCCAGAGAAAGGGAGAGAUUUGAGGAGAUAGGGAAGAAGAUAAAGAGGGAAGGAGAUAAUGUUUCAAGUCAAAUGGGAAGAAGACACAUGUUAGGGCCACCAGGAACCCUAAACACAAUUACACCAUGUGCAGCAUGCAAGCUACUGCGACGAAGAUGCGCACAAGAAUGCCCCUUCUCUCCAUAUUUCUCACCUCAUGAGCCCCAAAAGUUCGCUUCUGUCCACAAAGUCUUUGGUGCCAGCAACGUCUCCAAGAUGCUCAUGGAGGUACCGGAGUGCCAAAGAGCUGAUGCAGCGAAUAGUCUAGUUUAUGAGGCUAAUGUGAGGCUAAGAGAUCCAGUUUAUGGAUGCAUGGGUGCAAUUUCAACAUUGCAGCAUCAAGUUCAAUCUUUACAAGCUGAACUCAAUGCAGUGAGGUCAGAAAUACUUAAAUACAAACUCAGAGAAGCUAAUAACAAUAUCAUUAUUCCCUCCUCCCACCAUCAUCUUCCUAUGCUCCCUUCAUCCGGGGCCGCUGUUUCCGUCGCUGCUCCUCCGCCCCCGCCUCCUCCUCCACCACCACCACUUCCUCCUAAUUCUCUCCCUCCCAUUUCUUCCUCUUCUUCCUCCAUGUACAUCCAACAACAACAGAGGGCUCCCACCAACUAUAGCAGAAUUCCAAGUGACAAUAUUUCUUAUUUUGGUUAAAUUUGGAAACUUCAUAAUAAUAAUAAUAAUAAAUUAUUCCAUUUAUUUCUCUCUUUGAUAUGGGAUCAAGGGUGGAAUAAAUUGUUACGGUAAUUAGUAAAGAAAAUGGGAAUGAAGUAUUAAUUUAUACUACCUUGAUGAUGAUGUUGUUAAUUGCUAUAAGCUGUGGCUGUAUGCUUUAAUUAAUUAAUCUUGUUAUUAUUGUCUUAGUCCAAAUGAUCAAUGCCAAAUUUUUACUUAGAUAUUGGUGACUAUAUAUAUAUAUAUAUAUGAAGGUUAGUUUUCUUCAUUCCAUUACUCAAUCCUUUCAUCUAAAGUUGCUAUAAUACCAUAUUGGAAUCAUUGCACCUUAGCUUGGUCUGUGAUUAUUAAUAUCUACAUUUCUUCCAUAGCAAUAAUUGAUGUAGACACCAUGCCUAAUUGGUUUAGUAUACACAUAGCAAUUUCCUCUUAGCUUGUUCAUUUUAUGAAGCAAAAGGAAUUGAAGAGGAAAAGACUUUUGAAUUGUAUUUAAUAGUGGAUGCUAUUUUUCAAUUUGGUGGUUUAAUUUGUGAAAUAUUAUUGUUGCAAUAGUGGGAGGAGGAGGAGGGUGAAUAAUGAUAUUGUUGUUUGGUUAAAUUAAUUUGGCACGUGACAGCUGUGGUUCUUUGAAACGUGUUAAUCUGUGCCACUGAAGCUUCUGAGUUUGCUGUCUCAAGUUGCGGGAGACAAAAGGUAUGCUUUGUGAAUCUUCGCCAUGUUAAUUCACUCAGAAAUUAAAUGUAAUGUCUACUGUGUAACAAAACACAAAUACAGUGAAACAAUUAAUUAGUGUUCAUUAGAGGAGAAGCAUGUAUAAUCUUCUGUGG